AUGUAAGACGAAAAUUAAGUAAACCAGAUGGAAUUAGAAGGAGUUAGUAUAUGCGAAGGCUAUCAUAUAAUUAAAUAUCUGGGCAAAGGAGUUUCUGGAGUGUAUAAAAUUGAUUAUAAGUCAUAAGUGUUAAAUUGGGACGAAAAGGUCAUGAAUAAGUAGCAAUUAAGUUUUUAUAUAUAAAAAAUGAAUAAGAAAGGCCUAAAAUAAUAUAAAAACUAAAAUAAGAGGUUGAUAUUUUAGAACAACUCAAACAUACAGGAAUUGUAGAACUUAAAUAUUUUAGUGAUAAUCUUACCUACAUAGUAAUUAAAUUCUUAUAAAUAGAAAAAAAAUGGAUAAAUUGUUAAUAAAAUUGGUAUGAUCUUAGAAUUAGGAGAAAAAGGUAGUAUGCUUUCGUAUUUGCUAACACUUAAAAGAUUUGACGAACAAACUUCAAGAUUUUAUUUUCGUUAAUUAAUGUCAGCUUUAGUUUAUAUGAAAAAACAUAACAUUUGUCAUUUAGAUUUAAAACCAGAUAAUAUUGUGUUUGACUCAGAUUUUAAUUUGAAAAUUACAGAUUUUGGAUUUUCUAAAUAAGUAUAAGGAUCGAUAAACGACUUCUUUGGAGGAACAAAAUGUAUGUUUACUAUUUAAAAUUUUAGCUUAUAUAGCACCUGAACUUUUGGAUAGAAUAGCCUAUGAUGGAUCAAAAGUUGAUGUUUUUGCUGCUGCUUAAAUAUUAUUUGCAAUGAUGACUGGUUGUUUUGCUUUUCGAAAUUGUUAAGAAUAACCAUAUAAUUUAAUUAAAUAGAAUGAUUAUGCCUAAUUUUGGAAUUUUUAAAAUAAUUCACAUUAAACACUAUUUCCAUAAGGAUUUCCAGAUGAUUUUAAGUAUUUUAUAUUUUUCGAUAUUUUAAGAGAUCUGAUUAAUAAGAUGUUUGAUCCUGAUUUCAAUAGAAGAAUAACACCUGAAGAAUGUUUGUAACAUCCUUGGACAAUGGGUGUAGAAGCUAAUUUAUAUUAAAUAUAAGAAUAAUUCAAUAAUUUAUAGGAAAGAAUAAAUCAAUAGUUGGAAUAAUAAAAAGAGGAAUAUAAACGUAAAAAAUAGAAGAUGAGAGAUUAUGAAAGAGCAGCAUAAGAAAUGAGGAAUUUAUUGCAAUAAUCAUAAUAAUCAUAUAAAUGA